AUGUCCUUGCGGAUAUCUCCUGCGACCCGGCUCGCUGCUGUAUCGAUCUUGACCCGACCUGCUCUGCAUACAGCAGCAAAGCGACUUUGCAUAGCUAGCCGUAAAGAAGUUAUGCCGUCUGGGUCUUUCAGGCCCUGUAACGCGCAUGCUAUCCGAGCUCUGGCGACGCAAUCCUCUGCGGCUUCCCCUUCCAAGCCAUACAAGACCCAUCAACCCACAUCUGUCCUCAACUCCCCCUUGGUCCACAGCUUCUGGGACGAACCGACCUCGACUUUUACAUUCGUCGUCGUCUGCCCCAAGACCAAAGAAGCUUUCAUCAUCGACCCUGUACUUGAUUUUGACCUCGCUUCGGGCAAGAUCGCGCAGAGGUCUGUGAGGGGGUUGGCGGCGUUUACGAGGGAUCAGGGGUAUAGGGUCGUCAAGAUCAUCGAGACGCAUGUCCAUGCUGAUCACUUGAGCGGGGCUUAUGCUCUCAAACAAAUCCUCCCCGAGCAACCCUCCAUCUUUAUCGGCUCACGGGUCAUCGAGGUCCAGUUCCGUUUCGGCAAUACCUACGGGUUCAAACCUACCGAUUACCAGGGAAGUUUCGAUGGGUUUAUGCUCGAUAACGAACCGAUCGAGUUGGGCGAGAUGAAGGGGGUCACAUAUAAUUUGCCUGGUCAUACGCCGGAUAGCAUGGCCCUCGCUUUCGGCGAUGCGGUUUUUGCAGGCGAUAGCGUCUUUCUACCUGAUGUGGGUACGGCUCGGACAGACUUUCCAGGUGGAAGCCCCGAAUCGCUGUACGCUUCCAUUCAGAAGCUGUUUGAUCGGUCGGGCGAGGUUCGAAUCUUCUCAGGCAAGUUGGAUCUGCAUUGCCAGCUAUCUCGCACAUCAACCAGUUCUGAUGAUAGUCUCUCAUGCCAUACCGCGAAUAAAGGCCACGAUUAUCCCUCGGGCCGAGAGAAAUCCUGCGUCUCCAAAGUAUCCGACCAGAUGGCCUUGAACAAGCACGUCGGCGGACCGAAAGCGUCGCUCGAGACCUUUGUCAAGAUGCGUUCCGAGCGAGACGCCCAACUGGGAGCGCCCAAGUUACUGCAUCCGAGUCUUCAAGUGAACCUUAGAGGGGGGAGGAUGCCGAGGGCGGAUCCUGAUGGACAGGUCAGGUUGAAGAUCCCGUUAGCUGGCGAUCUGCCUGUAUAA